GGUACUUCCAAACACCACAAAUUGCAUCGCCAAUACAGCUCACACAGCAAGCGUUCAUCAUAAUCGCGAACGCAAGCAAUCAGACGGCCGCAAACGCUAUGCGCAUGCAUCCAUCAGUCAGUCCAUUCAUUCCAAUAUGCCAAUGGAAACAAACAAUCAGCAGAAUUGUCAAAAAAGAUCAAAACUUGGAGUCGAUAUCUCUAUCUUCAUCCACUACCCCAAGCCCCCAGCGAUCGUAAUCCAGCACGCCAUGCGACGGUGAAGAUGCCUCUGCAGAGUGAAGCCUCCCUCAAGUGUCAUCUUCAUUGCUUAGGGCCACACGCAGCGAUCGCAGGUUACCCGUGCGAGUGGGUGGCCACCGCAGCAUUCGCACUGGGCGCCGCUGAGGGGUUCCAAUGUGGAUGGGGUAGCGGAAGAAGAGUAAUGAAAGCCUUCAACCAUUUGACCAUUACAGCCGGUAAUUCCGAACAAAAUUAUAGACAAAGUAGGGUCCAGGGCUGGCGGGAGUGGUGGGGUUGAUGAGGUAAGCAGCCGGAUCCCAGCUGCGCGCCCAAGGGAAC